CCUACGUUGCUGAGAUUUGUUGUUUGGCCUUGAAAGAAAGUAGCAAGAGCAUGCCCAAUUGACGACCGACAAAAUGCCCUGAUUUAUUCUUCCAUCAAACAAAUGUGGUGUUUCGUUAAGUCAACAUGCCGAAAGAGGAAGAAGAGUUUCUACGACUCGCCAGCUGCGGAAACCCUGAGAACCUCGAAGCUUUUCUGGAGGGCAUGGGUCAGAAGGUUGACGCAAACUGCAGUUCCCAAGACGGUGCAACUCCGCUGAUUCAGUGCGUGCAGCGCUCGGGCCGUGGAGCGGCCCCCACAAGCCCCGGCCCCGGUGGUGCUGCUUGGCACCGCCCGCUUGUGCCGACGGACCAUCUCGCGUGCUGUCGUCUGUUGCUACGCCAUAAUGCUAAUCCGGACGCCAGGGAUAACUUGGGCAGGACGGCCUUGCACUGGGCUGUCUUCUACAAGAACGUGGACUAUGUGGAGACACUGCUGGACCAUAAAGCCGAUGCUAGUUUGAGAGACGAUAAAGGCCAGAAUGUUGUCCAUUUUGCUGUGCGAGUUAAUGCCGAUUCCUGUUUACAGUUACUUUGUGAAAGAGUUUCCACUGAGGUGUUGGAGCAGCGAGAUGUGGAAGGCACACCGCUGCUCAUGUACGCUGCCCAGCUGGGUCACGUGCAAGCCGUCAAGAUCCUUCUGCGCUACGGUGCAAAACCAGACGCCUGCAACCGGGAGAAACAGACUGCCGCUCACAUCGCCGCUUGGGCAGAACGGACGGAUUUGCUUGAACUUCUGUUAAGACACGGAGCCAAGUCAUACGCUGCAGACGUAAACAACAUCACAGUGAUUUCUGCGGCCAGUGCUUGUCAUAAUCCAGAGGUGCUCAGGUUGAUCUUGGAGCAGGGUCAGGUAGAGCCCGAGUACCUAGACAUCGCUGACGGGGACGGCUUGACACCGUUGAUGGUAGCCUGCAGCAAAGGGGGCUCUGAGGUUAUGGAAAUGCUGAUCGAUUUUGGAGCCACCCUUGAUGUGACUGACAAGUCAGGCAAGACCGCAGUGCACCAUGCCAUCGAGCACCACCACAACGACUGUGUCAGGGCGCUCAUAGAAACAGACCCCUCCCUGGCUGCCGUUACCGAUGCGGAGGGCAGGAACGCAUUGCAUCUGGCGACUAUAGAGGGCGACAUUGAGCUCGUCCAGUUGGUGUUGCCACACGUGGACGUGAAUGCGGUCGAUAAGGAGAAGCAUUCCGCUGUGCAUUGGGCAACAGUGUGCGGCCUGUACAACAUCAUCGCGCUUCUCAUCGAGCGUGGAUGCAACCCGGCUACACCAGACACACACGGCGGCUACCCAAUCCACUAUGCCACCCAGAUGUGUGGCGACCCAUCUACGGCCACCGUGGGGCUGCGAUGCCUGCAGGCCCUGCUGCGUAAGGGAGGCAGCUCGGUGAAUUGCGUGGAUAGCGGCGGCAAGUCGCCGCUCUUGUGGGCGGCCAGCUCUGGUAACGUCCGCGCCUGUAGGCUUCUGGUGGACCUGAAGGCGGACACAACCAUGGCAGAUGAAAAUGGCUUAACAGCACUGCACUGUGCAACCUGUCGCAACCACCCAGCCUGCCUGGAAUCGCUCCUGAGGGACUGUAGGUGUGAUCCCAACCCGGUCGACAAGAAAGGCUGCACGCCGCUGUUCUACGCCAUCACCAUGGAACAUUUCGAGUGUGCUCGCAAUCUACUCAAGUACGGAGCCUCGCCAAACUGGCAAGAUCAGGCCGGGAAAAGUCCUGCAUUCUGCGCUGCAGUCCGAGGCUCUCUCCCCUUACUGAAGCUGUUGCAUGACUACCGGGCUUCAUUCAGUCUCCCUACGAUGAGCAAAGACACUCCACUCACCCAUUGUGCUGAGGCCGGGUACACAGAUAUUGUGUCAUUUUUGUUGGAGCACGGCUGCAAUGUCGAAACAAGAGAUGGGGCCGGGCGUACAUCCUUGCAUCUCGCUGCCUUGAAGAACAAUUUGUUGCUGUGUAAACUUCUGGUUCAUCAUAAGGCAAACAUCAAUUCAGUUUUCAAAGAAAAAGAGAAGCCACAAACUCCCCUCGACUGCGCCAAGGAGAAAUCCAGCGCACAGUGUGAGGACUACCUCCGCUCCUUGGGGGCCAAGCAUGGCGCCGACAUCCCUGAGGAGUUAUGGCAAUGUGAGGUAGAAGCCGGGGACCCAGACCCAAGGAAAGAGGAUGAAGAUGACGAUGCGGGAGGGAGGAGCACCUCGGAGGAAGAGAAACACCAAGAAGGAUCUGAGACGGGAAAACAGCCAAGCCCACAAGGGCAGGACGAAGAAAAUAUCCAGUUAACAGAUGACUCGGCCAAAGACCAACAUCCAUCUCAAAAUCUGGCAUCCAACGAUGGCAUGAGUACCGAUAGUGCCUUGCUCAAGCCCAGCUCUGAUUGGAUAGACAAGGAGGCACUUGAGAGAUUGUCACGUAAUAGCAACGGUGGUGUGGAUGCCGAAGAACUACAGACGAAACUCAACAACUGGAACACGUAUUUGCAAGACAACGUGGAAUUUCUGGACGUGGUCAUCAACUCCCAAGCCCCCGAGCUGUCGGAGGCGCGCAGACAGGCCAGGAGUCAGAAGAAGGAGCUAGUGGGAAGGCUCGAGGAACUCAAGACCGAGCUGGAGAAGAGCUGUCGACUGCUGGUCAAAGAUGUGGAGAGGAAAGAAGAGGACAGGAGAGAGAGAUCCAUGGCGGAUGUGGCCGUCGUCAGAAGAUUGCACGACAUUGAGGAGAGGUUCCAGAGAGCCAAUGCGUCAGCAGCAGCCAGCCUGGAUGAGUUCCUUGCCUCUCAUCCCAAGUCCAUGGUGAGAGGAGACAGCCAGGAUCGUCAUGGCGAUGAGAGUGAUGAGGACUCGGCAUGGGAAAAUAUUUGCAGUAGUGACAGGCAUGAUUCCAGAAGGCAGAAGCACGAAGCUUGGCUGCACAGAAAGAACCAAGACUACAUCAAUAGAAAGAAGUCACUCCAAGCUCCAACGGUCAUCACGUUUGCACCAAACUACAAAGCAGGCAGCCACCAGGACGGCAGUAAGAACGUCGUGAUUCCAACAAGACGUAGUCACUCCAUCCCUGACCACCGCACCGUCAAGUCACCGUACAAUGCAAAAGUGGUGCUGCCUCUCAGACUGCAGGAGCCUAGACGUCGACGGAGCAACGAGAGUCAGCUGAGCGGCCAUGAGCAAGCCGAGCUCCGACGUAGGAUGGGAGAACUGAACAAUGCCUUUCUGUACCCGAAGGCAGGCCAGUUGCACCUCCGACACAACCAUCAGGAUGUCUUCAACUUGAAAGGAGCGUGUAGUCCAAAGUGGAACGGCAGUGAGAGACCAAGAUACGGUCUGCGCUUCGUGGCACCAGAGGAGUUCAAAAGACAGACCCAGGAACAGAAGUAAUCAGGACUGUUGAUCCACGCUUAGUUCGCAGGAAAACCAAAGAUGAAUAUGAUCUUAUUCUUGUUAGUAGAACGGAAGUUUUAAACUGUUCCAAACUUCAGUGGUGAGCAUCAUGAAAAUUAAUCCGUAGUGCAACCAUGGGACAUCUGUAGGCAAACUGUACAUAUUCAUAGUGCUAUUCGUAGCUAUUCAUGCAUAUUCUUGGAGAUUUGUUGCUCAUUCGUGGUGGAAAUCUCUGCAAAUUCGUUACGAAUGUCCCAAGGAUGUGCCCGGAUGUGCUAGGGUUCUGCUAAGGUUGUACUUUGAAUAUCCAUGCUUUAUUUGUAGAAGAACCUUGGUCACCCGUGACCCAGUUGCAGACACCCGUGGCAUUAACUUCAUUAUUCUUAGUAAAUGCAAUCAAUAUUCUUCACCAAUCCAUCUACAUUCUUGACAAACCGUGGUGUAUUCGUAGAGAAACCGUGCGACAGUCGUGGCUAUCCGUCCUGAAACCGUAGUGCAUUUUUAGGAAGUCAAUUCUCCACGAACCUUACCAAUUCAUCAUGAUCGAUUGAUCCUUGGUAUCCCCUCCGUUCAC